CUUCGUACCAUCAAAACAACGAGACAACAGACCUUCUCUAUCCUUGAAAAGAAGUAUCUUCACGGGAAUACGACCCGAACGAUCCUAUCAUGCCGGCAUCAACUCAUCCGCCUUUCCAAUCACAUAUCACCCGACCCUUUGUCUCCACUUUGGAUGCCGCAUCCCACGCCAACCGUCAGGACGACCCAAACUACUAUGCUGAGGACCCGCGCUCUCUGAUCAGCACCUCGACCAUUCAUUCUCUCAUUACUGGGACUGGAGACGCUGUAUACCGAUCGCUAGCUCCUCUUCUGGAAUCGACAAAUCACGAGCUCAUCCUGGUGACGUGCUUCUGGGCACGGUCAUCAAGUCUUGAAACUUUGAACAGCAUUCUUCGCAAGCUAUCUGAUAAAGCAAUUCGGCGCGGUAGCGAGAAGAUCCAAGUUCAACUAUGCUUCUCGUCGCUGUCCCUCUUCCAAAAGCUCUUUCACAAGCAAUCAGUAACGGGCCAGACAUAUCCUCCUUCCGUAUGGGUGAAGAAGCUCGGCUUACCGGACCCUUCCGAACUAGGCGGCCUGGAACUCCAAGUCAAAUCGAUAUUCCUUCUUCCGUUCUGCGUCAUGCAUCCGAAGUUCAUGGUCAUCGACCGGCAAACUGUAAUCCUGCCUUCCUGCAAUAUCAGCUGGGAGGAAUGGUUUGAAGGUUGCAUCACGCUCGCUGGACCUAUCGUGGAUAAGUUCUUGAGAUUCUACAAAACGUUUUGGGCUCGGGGGAAGACGCAUGGCCUACAAGGGGCUAGCAUCGGAGAAGGCAUGACCUGGCAAGCAGACAAUGUUGGGAAGUCCGACCUCGGACAUGGUAGCAUCGUCAAUUACUUCUCAAGUGCUGCGAAGCAAUCCGAGAUAUCGGACAUACCGACCGUCUUCCUCCCUAGCCCGCAUCGACGGAACCCCCGCUUCCAACCUUUUGCCUCCACCGAAAGGGUCGUUGCACCACCCACGCCACUCAAUGCCUUCGUUUUAACACUGUUCGCGAAGGCAGACAAGACUAUCCGCAUUCAAACUCCAAUCCUUACCGCUCCACCCGUUCUCUCUUCACUGCUAAAAGCUCUCGAACGCGGCAUCGAUGUCACUAUCUUGACUUCAGAACGACUCAUGGUCCUCGAACAGCUAGUCACAGCUGGUACAACGACUUCUCGUUGCAUCAGGAAGCUCAUAAAGCGCUACAAGAAGCUCACGCUACGCAAUUCCCGUGUUUCAAGCGACGAAGAAGCAGUAAUAUCUGCGCCGCAACCGGGUCGCCUACGGGUAUCUUACUUUGAACCAAUAAAUGGUCCCAGGCCGAGGGGUGAAGAAGAAGGAGAACCGCAACAAUCACAUCUGAAGAUGACGAUCGUCGAUGACGAGGUGCUUGUAUUGGGAUCAGGGAAUUUAGAUCGCGCAAGCUGGUUUACAAGUCAAGAGCUUGGUGUUGCGUUCUUCGACCGGCAAUUGGUCAAGGGCGUGGAGAAUGUGGUUGACGAAGCGACGAACGGGAGGUCAAAGUUGGUUUAUGAUAGUGGGGACGCUGAAGGAUGAAAGUUUUUUAAAAUCAGCCUCCAUCCACUUAGUCCAUCUCACAUGUGUGAUAAAUGCCUCG